AUGAUCAGAGCGCAACCGAUUUUGUUCCGAGGAGCGCUCCUUGCUGAGGUACACACUUCGACUCUGCACUAUCUGGCUUCGCCCAACUCCCUGGGGGAGGAACGAUCUUCUCGUUCGAAUCCGAUAUCCGUAGCCGACGAAGGCGACCUAAGUGAAAGCGGCCGUGCGUUCGCCGGAAUUAAGGGUCGCGCCCUUUUCCCUCAUGUUGGGAAGGUUGUGCGAACUCUCAAUUGGAACAUUGUCAAGAAGAUGGUCUUAUCAGAAGUGGCCAGAAAGUAUGGCUGUCUACAUGCGAUGGAGUGUUUCGGGAUGCUCCUCGCUGUAUUUUCAUCAGCGGGGACGCUCAGAGAAGCACAGCGUCUGUAUGGGAGAAUCAUCCGCUUCCAUAGAAAUGCAGAUGCCAACCUGUUGGGAUUGCUUGCUGCCCUGGUGAAUGCUACAGGUGGCACCGUGAGCUUUCCUCAAGCUUUGGCGUCGAUGAUAAAGGCUUUUGCUGAGCGUACGAUGCUGCAUGAUGGAGUCAAUUUGUUUCGCUUUGCUAAGAGCAUCGGGCUGGAAAUCGAUGCUCCCGCUUGCAAUUUUCUGCUCAAGUGUUUGGUCGAAGGGGGGGAAGUGGACUACGUCAGAUGGUUGUUCUGUGAAAUGAAGAGCUCUGGUCCAUCACCUAAUGUGUACACUUAUAACAUUAUGAUGGGUUUCGUCUGUAAAAAAAAUACAGUAGAUAUCGAGCAAGCCAAAGAUAUUCUAAUUGAAAUGGAGAGCAAAGGCGUGUCCCCAAGCGUGGUCACCUACAGUGCAUACCUUCGUGGGCUCUGUCAAGCUGGAGAAGUGGAGUCUGCAUGGGUUUUUCUCCGAGAUUUGAUACAUAGAAGAUUGCCUUAUAACACUUACUGCUUUAAUGCUGUUAUACAUGGAUUCUGUCGUCAAGGUGAACUGAGGAGAGCUCAAGAUGCUCUUCACAUAAUGAAGGAAUUAAAAUUAGUCCCCGAUGCGUACAGUUACAGCAUUCUGAUUGAUGCGCAUUGCAAGAAUGGUGAUUUGCUCAAGGGCAUAAGUCUGUUGGACGAAAUGGAAUCAGGAGGGAUAAAGCCUAGCUUGGUCAGCUACAGUUCCCUUUUGUUUGGUCUGUGCAAGAUUGGGCAGAUGGAUAGUGCACAAGAGAUGUUUGAGAGGAUAAGAAAUUGCGGUUACACUCACGACAGUAUUUCAUAUGGUAUUCUCUUAGAUGGUUACUGUAGGACUGGGGAUUUUGAUAAAGCCCAUAAUCUACUGACAGAAAUGAUUCGAAAAAAUCGAAAUCCCGAUGUCUUCCACUACAACAGCAUGAUUUCUGGAUACUGUAAAUCUGGAUUUCUGAGAGAAUCACUGGAAGUACUUCAGAUCAUGACCCUUGAAGGUGUGACACCCAAUUCAGUUACUUGUACUAUUCUUGCGGAUGGGUUUAUAAAGGUAGGCCGAGCUAAAGAAGGUUUUCGGUUCUUGAAUGAGCAUCAUGCCUUUGGCGUUGUCAGUAACUCUUUUAUUUACGGAGUUUUGAUCAAUGGGCUAUGCAAAGAAAGCAAAACGGACAAGGCGUGGGAGGUUUUCAAAUCGAUGGAAACAGUGGGUCUCGUCGCCGAUGCUGUUAUUUAUAGUACUCUCAUUGAUGGUUUUGCUAAAGAAUCUAAUAUAAAGGAGGCUUUCAGUUUGUUUGGUAGGAUGCUAAAGCAUGGGAUCUUGCCCAACAUCAUUACAUACACGAGCCUUAUCAAUGGUCUCUGCAACAAUGGCAGAAUGGUUCAAGCCUUUUGUAUGUUUAAGGAAAUAACUAGACAUGGACUAAAACCUGACGAGGCUGCCUUCACAUCAAUGAUCUCUGGGUUCUGCAGAGUAAGGGACAUGCACAUGGCCUGGACAUUCUACGAAAUCAUGCAGAAGAAUGGGCUACUUCCUGAUGUUGUUACUUAUAGUUGUCUGAUUGAUGGAUUUUGCAAGUCCCAUCAGAUGGAUAAAGCAAAGAUUUUAGCUGAUGAUAUGAGAAAAAUGGGAGCUGCUCCCAACUUGAAAACCUACACCUCUCUGAUUUCUGGCUAUUGCAAUCAAGGUGAAUGGGCUGUAGCUAUCAACCUGUAUGAGAAAAUGAAAAAUGAGGGGAUUUUACCAGAUUCUGUCACUUGUUCGAUAUUAGGUCUGGAUGUUGGAUGA